UGAAAAUGAGAAUAGACAAGUGUGAGCCCUUUCCAGAAGAUAUUUUUCUUUUCAUGUGGGUCAUAAAAAUAGGAUAAACAUGUUAAUGAUCAUCAAAACUAUUAGUGUUUUUCAGGUGAAAGUCCAUGGAGAUUAUGGACGCAUUGUUAAGUGCGCCUGGCCGCUCUCCCGCUCGCUCCAAGACACCGACCCUGCGACGGCGCGCGCGCUUUCCCGCACGAUAUGGCUGCCGGUCAAAACGAGUGCAAGAGUCGGGAUGACAUCCCGAGGAGGCGGAGCCACGAGUCGAGCAAAGACCCAGUAGCAGAGCAGAAGUCGGCGUCGGACAUGAUUUACACCAUCGAGGACGUUCCGCCCUGGUACCUGUGCAUCCUGCUGGGCCUGCAGCACUACCUGACCUGCUUCAGCGGGACGGUGGCCGUCCCUUUCCUGCUGGCCGAGGCCAUGUGCGUGGGCCAGGACCAGAACACCGUCAGCCAGCUCAUCGGGACCAUUUUCACUACCGUCGGAAUCACCACGCUCGUGCAGACCACCCUGGGAGUCAGACUUCCCCUCUUUCAAGCGUCAGCGCUGGCCUUCCUCAUUCCCGCGCAGGCCAUCCUCAGCUUGGAUCGAUGGGCCUGCCCCAGCCAGGAGGAGAUUUACGGCAACUGGACUCUCCCGCUGGACACGUCGCACGUUUGGCAUCCACGCAUCAGAGAGAUCCAGGGCGCCAUCAUGGUUUCCAGCACGGUGGAGGUGGCCAUCGGCCUGCUGGGGCUUCCGGGCAUCCUGUUGGACUACAUCGGGCCGCUGACCGUCACGCCCACCGUCUCGCUCAUCGGCCUGUCCGUCUUCACCACGGCCGGCGACCGGGCAGGCUCGCACUGGGGCUUCUCGGCGCUGUGCAUCCUCCUGAUUGUGCUCUUCGCCCAGUACUUGCGGACCACCUCGCUCCCGUUUCCCGUGUACAGCAGGAAGAAAGGGCUGAGGCUGAGCCGGGUUUACGUCUUCAAGAUGUUCCCCAUCAUCCUGGCCAUCGUGCUGGUGUGGCUGCUGUGUUACGUCUUCACCCUGAGCGACCUUCUGCCCAGCGACCCGCUGCGCUACGGCUACAAGGCGCGCACCGACGCCCGAGGGGACAUCAUGACCUCCGCCCCCUGGUUCAGGGCGCCCUACCCCUGCCAGUGGGGCCUGCCGACGGUGACGUUGGCGGGCGUGCUGGGCAUGUUUAGCGCCACCCUGGCGGGAAUCGUGGAGUCCAUCGGCGACUACUACGCGUGCGCUCGCCUCGCCGGGGCACCGCCGCCGCCGGUGCACGCCAUCAACAGAGGGAUCUUCACGGAGGGCGUGUGCUGCAUCAUCGCCGGACUCCUGGGCACCGGGAACGGAUCCACGUCCUCCAGCCCAAACAUCGGCGUGCUGGCCAUCACCAAGGUGGGCAGCCGGCGCGUGGUUCAGUACGGCGCCGCCAUCAUGUUGCUGCUGGGAUGCGUGGGAAAGUUCACGGCUCUGUUUGCCUCGCUGCCGGAUCCCAUCCUGGGAGGAAUGUUCUGCACGCUCUUUGGCAUGAUCACGGCGGUGGGUCUGUCCAACCUGCAGCUGGUUGACCUCAACUCGUCCCGCAACCUUUUUGUGCUGGGCUUCUCCAUGUUCUUCGGGCUCACGCUGCCCGCCUACCUGGACGCGCACCCCAAAUGCAUCGAGACCGGUGUCGAGGAGCUCAAUCAAAUCCUGACGGUUCUGCUGUCCACCGAGAUGUUUGUCGGCGGUUUCCUGGCCUUCUGCCUGGACAACACCGUACCAGGCACGAGGGAGGAGCGUGGGCUGCUGCAGUGGAGCGCUUUGACGUCCUCGUCGCCCUCCUCGCCCUCCUACGACUUUCCCGUGGGGAUGGGUCUGGUCCGACGCGCCCGCUGGCUCGAGAGGCUGCCCAUCAGUCCCACCUUCAGGGGGUGGAGCUCCUCCCAAGACCCGACCUCCCAAGGGGCGUCGGUGCUGCGAGAAGGCGCAGAGGUGGCGGAGCAAGGGGCGGAGCAAAGGGCGGAGCUUGGAGAGGACAUGUCGACCAAAGUCUAACUUGCCGCAAUUUGGAAGAAAUUGUCCGUUUGUGUUUGCAUGAUUGAAAAUACAACUUGUUCAUCAUUUUUUGUUCAGAAGGACCAAUAAAGGCUCUAUUUUGAUAGAAA